GGAUGGGACAGCGUCCUCAACUCUGGGCUGGUGAACAACACUGUUAACCACAACCAGAAACAGACAGUUGAACACAAAACAACAACCAAACUUAGUCUCCAUGACAACAGACUGGCUGAGACCAGGGUGAGGCAUAGAUUUGGUCCGCAGGGACAGGGAGGUAUCCAUAUGCGGCGGGAGAGAACAGAAACAAACUCUGCUAGUGAUACUCCGUCCUGCUCCUAUAGUUGUGAUUCAGAGAGACUGUUGGCACCUCAGGUUAAUCCCCUAACAGGUGCUGCCUUCAGCCUGCCUUCUUUAGGAUCUCUCAACUGGAACAUGGACCCUGCGACAACACAGACACUCCCUGGCCUUCGUCCUCCUCACAGUCUCCUAAUGUUAAACCAGACCUCAGACCAUGCUAGUGCUUCAACAGUAAAUGGCUACACAAGCCUUUUGACAAAUGACAGUAGUAGUGAUGCUAUCAGUAGAUCUGGUGGCAAAGAGAAGCGCUUCCCAUGUUCAUUCUGUGGGAAAGUCUUCAGUUUCUGCAAACAGGUGGAGAUCCACCAAAGGAUGCACACGGGGGAGAAACCAUUCAGCUGCCACCUGUGCCAGGCCAGUUUUUCACAAUCAUCCAGCCUGAAGAGGCAUCAGAGAGUCCACACAGGGGAGAAACCCUAUAGCUGCCCCCAGUGCGAGAAGAGGUUCUCCCGCCAGCACCAGCUGAAGAUGCACCUGAAGGUCCACACGGGAGAAAGGCCAUUCGACUGCACUCACUGUAGGAAGAGGUUCUCGGAGAGGAGAUACCUCAAGAUGCAUCAGCAGAAAAACCAUUCCACUAUAACAUAGAAAGUAACCAUUCCACUCGAUAGCUUCUGAUGCUAAGAUCAAACCCUGCUUUAAAAGUAGAUGCAGAAAGAUGACAAAGAUGCAUAAAAUAACAGCAGUCGUGGCUUAAUCGUUGAAGUGCAAGGCCCAGACAUUGUGUGAUAUACAAUUGAAGUCAGAAGCUUACAUACAUACACCUUAGCCAAAUACAUUUAAACUCAGUUUUUCACAAUUCCUGAAAUUUAAUCCUAGUACAAAUUCCCUGUCUUAGGUCAGUUAGGAUCACCAUUUUCUUAUAAAAUGUGAAAUGUCUGAAUAAUACUAGAGAGAAUUAUUUAUUUCAGCUUUUAUUUAUUUAAUCAUGUCUUGUGAUGGCCACUCCAACACCUUGACUUUGUUGUCCUUAAGCCAUUUUGCCAAAACUUUGGAAGUUUGCUUGGGGUCAUUGUCCAUUUGGAAGACCCAUUUGCGACCAAGUUUUAACUUCCUGACUGAUGUCUUGAGAUGUUGCUUCAAUAUAUCCACAUAAUUUUCCUCCCUCAUGAUACCAUCUAUUUUGUGAAGUGCACCCGACCCUCCUGCAGCAAAGCACCCCACAACAUGAUGCUGCCACCCCGUGCUUCACGGUUGGGAUGGUGUUCUUCAGCUUGCAAGCCUCCCCCUUUUUCCUCCAAACAUAACGAUGGUCAUUAUGGCCAAACAGUUCUAUUUUUGUUUCAUUACACCAGAGGACAUUUCUCCAAAAAGUACGAUCUUUGUCCCCAUGUGCAGUUGCAAACCGUAGUCUGGAUUUUUUAUGGCGGUUUUGGAGCAGUGGCUUAUUCCUUCCUGAGCGGCCUUUCAGGUUAUGUCGAUAUAGGACUUGUUUUACUGUGGAUAUAGAUAGUUUUGUACCCGUUUACUCCAGCAUCUUCACAAGGUCCUUUGCUGUUGUUUUGGUAUUGAUUUGCAUUUUUCGCACCAAAGUACGUUCAUCUCUAGGAGACAGAACGCAUCUCCUUCCUGAGCGGUAUGACAGCUGCGUGGUCCCAUGGUGUUUAUACUUGCAUACUAUUGUUUGUACAGGUGAACGUGGUACCUUCAGGCGUUUGGAAAUUGCUCCCAAGGAUGAACCAGACUUGUGGAGGUCUACAAUUUUUUUCUGAGGUCUUGAGUUUGAGUUAAUUUUUUUAUUUUUACAGGGACAGUGCACAUUAAUCAACGUUUCAGUAAAAGUGCCGGUUUUAGCCAGCCGGCUAAUUUUCAACCGCAGUCCCUGGGCAGGUUAUUAAAAACAAUUACAAUAUAGACAAUAGCAACAUAGAACAAGCAAGACAUAGCAACAUAGGACAAGCAAGACAUAGCAUACAGACAGAGCAACAUAGGACAAGCAAGACGUAGCAUACAGACAGAGCAACAUAGAACAAAAAGCAGCAAGACAAAAUUCAUAAAAGCAACAAAGUGUUUCCACACCUCACAAGCUACAGACAACAGACAACAUGGAAAGCGGCAACACACAGCUCGGGACCAUGUUCACAAAUCUGAUUGACCUUUAGCCAUGUCGUCAAGCAUUUUGUGAAAGUGUGAUAUGUGGUGCAGUUAUGUGUGUCUGAUGGCAGUGUAUUCCAGACAUGGGAAGCUCUCACAGAGAAUGCAGAUUUACUAAAGGUGCUUUUCCUUAGGGGAACUAUACAGUCACCUCUCAUGGCAGACCUUGUGGAUCUGCUGCCAUAUGUCUGGGUUUUCUGUUUAACAAAAAUAUUGAGUGGAGGGGGAGCCAGGCCAUUAAGGAUCUUGAAUACAAGACAUGCGUCGGUGUAUUGCACAAGAUUUUCCCAACUCAAGAGCUCAUGCUUUCUAAGGAUGUGACAAUGAUGAUGGCUAUUGGGCUUCCUAUCAAGCACUUUGAAAGCCUGUUUGUAGACAGACUGAAUAGGUUUUAAUGUUGUACAGCAAGCUUGGGCCCAACUAGUCAAGCAGUAUGUUAAGUGGGGGAGUAUCAUAGAGUUGAAGUACAGUUUUCCUACCUCUGUAGUCAAACACUUUCGUAUAAAUCGGAAAUUAGCUAGGUUGAAUUUAGUUAUUUGAAUUACCUUUUUCACAUGCUUUUUAAAAGAGAGGUUGGAAUCAAGUAUGAUGCCAAGGUACUUAAAAUCGGAUACCACCUGGAGCUUCUCCCCUGACACAUAGACAUCUGGCUCAGUAGCAUCUGUUGCCCUCUUUGUGAAGAACAUGCAAACAGUGUUUUUCACAUUGAGAUGCAAACACGAGUCACUGAGCCACUUUGUAACCUGGACCAUUACAGUAGUGAGUUCUUGUGCAGCUUGUUGUUUGCUCUUUGCAUGCACAUAUAUCACUGUAUCAUCUGCAUACAUUUGAACUUCAUACCCAGUACAGAGAGAAGACAGAUCAUUAAUGUACAGGCUGAACAGGAGGGGCCCCAGUAUUGACCCUUGGGGCACGCCCACAUCAUAGCUACGAGUGGGCGACAGCUCAUUGCUCACUCUGACACACUGAGUUCUGCCUUCAAGGUAUGAUUUCAUCCAUCUCAAGGCAUCAGGGGAAAAGUUGCACUUGGACAAUUUUGUGAUGAGAAUCUCAUGGUUAACAGUAUCAAAAGCCUUCCUUAGGUCCAGAAACACAGCCCCAACAGCACCCCCUUUGUCCAUCUUGGACUUCACAUUUUCCAGAAAAAAGCAGUUGGCCGUUUCUGUGGAGUGUUUUGCUCUGAAGCCAAACUGCAUGGAGUGUAAUGUGAAGGGGCUGUUGUUGAGGUGGGCAAUCAGUUGUUCUACUACACACUUUUCAACAACCUUUGACACCACAGGUAGUAUACUAAUGGGCCUGUAGUUACUCACGUCAGCAGGGUCGCCUGAUUUAAAGAUGGCCGUUAUUAUGGCCGACAAGGUGAUUAGUGAGCUAAUCACCUUGUUCACCUUUGACUCAGAAACCUCCCUUAUGAUGAAGACAGGUUGAGUGUCAUUCACUAGCACUGAGCCCAAGAAACCAGUGGAGGGGUUCUGUGUCAGUACCCUGACAGAGUCAACAAAGUAGGAAUGGAAGGCUAUUGCUAUUUCGACUGCAUCCUGUGUUAGAUUGUUACUCACCAUGAUUUCUAGUCUUUUUGCAGUGUUACUAUGGUCUUUCCCUGUUAACUUUUUUAGAUUCUCCCAUAUCAAUUUAGAAUUUCCCUUUGCUUCACCAAUUAUGUUAAUAAAAAAGUUUGCCUUG